CAGUUGCUUGAUCCGCCGCGCGGUAAGGGGAGAUAGGAGGUUCCCGAGAAUCGGCCGAAAGUUGUAAACUUUGCCGAGCUUUGUCUUGAACAAUAUUUCCAGAUGCAGGCGGUGUUCCUCUUUGGAGGUAGAAGCAAUUAGUACGUCGUCGAGGUAUGGAUAACAGAAGCUUAACCCCGCAGUAAUUUCAUACAAAUCAUGAGAUUGCUCAUCGAUAAUGAGACAAGGACAGAAUAAUGAUUGCCAUCCUUUUCCAACUUAUUAUUAUCGUAUUUGUGUAUAGACACGAACCAAACGGCUUUAUGGUUACCAUUAAAAAAGGUAUUACCGGACGUAGUUUAUACGCGCAGAAGGUACAUCGGAAAUUGCAUAAAUAAAUAAAUGUCACUUGAUGUUUGUAUUAAACAAAAGGAGCUUAAGAUGCGGAAUAAAUAGAAAAGCUUUUCACUAACUAUCUAAGCACUUAUAAUGACAUGAAAAAAUAUUUGUUGGAAUCUACAUAAUGUUACAACUAUGUGUCAGCAUUCAUUGAAACGUCCGAUGAUUGCCGUCAAUUGUCAGUUGUAAACGUUAUAAUUAUCGGCAAAAUAUCGGAUUAUAUACAUAAGGAGAUUAUACAAUCAUGAAUAUUAUAUCUAAUCGUGUCACAUCGUAUGUUAAGCCAUUCUUGCUUAUGAGAAAUAUAUCAAUAAGUUGUUCAAGACAUAAGGAUAAGUUUCAAGAUUUAAUUCAUCCGGAGGGUCGAGAACCCAGCAUUCCACAUUAUGUAGAACGUGAAGGAGAGAAUAUAGAUCUCAAGAGAGCACGAUUGACAUAUCAGUCUCGUAAGCGUGGAAUGUUGGAAAAUGGACUACUCCUUAGUACAUUUGCAAAGAAGUAUUUGAAUACCUUCAAUGAUAAACAAUUAAGAUUAUAUGAUCACCUUAUAAAUUUACCAUCAAAUGAUUGGGAUAUAUUCUAUUGGGCAACUGGUGUUAAGCCAACUCCACCUGAAUUUGAUAAUGAAGUGAUGGAUUUAUUAAAAAAGCAUAUUCAGAAUGAAAAUCGGGAGGCUAGAAUAAUGCAACCAGAUCUAUAAAUAUAAAUAGUUAUGUAGUAAAUUAAGUAAAAGAUAAUAUAAA